AUGGUCUUUAACAGUUUACUCUCUACUCUUUAUAAUAACUUCAUGAGCCUAAAACCGCAACCGAGAAUGAAGGAGCCUCCAGCUUCUUGUGAUGUGGAUGAAGUAAAUGUUGAGCAUAAGGUUGAUGAGGCACUGGCUGAAUCUGCUACAGAUUCCAUUACAGGUGAAGGUGAGUUCUGUUGUGUUUGCUUGUCGAGAUUAGAGGGUGAAGAAACCAGCAUCCUUCCUUGCAUGCACGAGUUUCAUAAGGAAUGUGUUGAGAGAUGGUUCCACGCAUGUAGAAAAACCUGCCCUGUAUGCCGAUUUGCAAUGGAAGAAGAUAAGUGCUACUAUGCAGGCGAAUUUUUCACCGAGGAGAUGUUGAUAUAUUUUUCUUCUUUUCAUGCAGCUGGCUUCUAAAUUUUGAUAUGUUUCAACCCUAUUUUUCUACUUUCAAUGUUUUUGAGUUGUACACAAAAUUGAACACUUCAAAAUCAAUCAAAGUUGAGAUGCAUGAUCUAGCUUAAGCUUAGAGUCUAAGAAAUCCUUGUAUUCUUCUGUAGUAAAGGAUGUCUUGUACCAACCUGCUAUUAUUGGUACAAAACCAAUCACAGAAUCUCUCUCUUUUCAUUUACAAGGAAAAUAUACGUGUAUUGCCACAAUGCCAGUGAAAGAAAAAGCUCUUUCACUGACUUUGCUUGGAUUCUCACUCA